AAGGAGAAUGGGGGCCUGCCAAAGCCAAGGCAGAUACGUGUCGUUAUGCAUCUGUGUAAACCCACAGAGUGUACACCACCAAGAGCGAACCCCAAUGUACGCUAGGGCCCCCGGGUGGCGACAGUGCAUCAGCGUAGGUUCGUCAGUUGCAACACACGUGCCUCUCUCUGUUGGGGGAUGGGGAUUGCGGAAGGGGCUAUGCCUGUGUAGGGACAGGGAGUAUAUGUGAACUAUAUUGAAUUGUAUUUUCCACUCCAUUUUGCUGUGACCCUAAAACUGAUCUAAGAAAAUCAUCUAUUUAUAAACAAAUACAUAUUCUUCUAAGAAGCCAAAGCAGAAAACGAUCAAGCGGAGUGUGUUAAUGUCAGUAGAGGUUUUUGCCACCACGAGGUUGAGGCAAGGAGAGAAACGUGUCCCUUGGUUAGUGAUGUGGCUAUAUUCAUCACUUUAAUGAGAAUAAUGUCUGCUGAGUGACGGGGCUGGAACCUAGAUUGGAGAAGGUUUGAGCGAAUGGAAGGUAAGGAAGUGACUAAAUGAGUAUAGAAAACUAGCAAGAAGCUUGGCUGUUGCUGGUGAAAGAAUAUUACACAAGUAGGGCCAGGGUUACUGUCUUGCUAAACAGGACAGAACACCAAGCCUCUGUAUUUAGUUGCUAAUUUCUUUUUUUUUUUUAUUAUACUUUAGGUUUUAGGGUACAUGUGCACAAUGUGCAGGUUUGUUACAUAUGUAUCCAUGUGCCAUGUUGGUGUGCUGCACCCAUUAACUCGUCAUUUAGCAUUAGGUAUAUCUCCUAAUGCUGUCCAUCCCCCCUCCCCCCACCCCACAACAGUCCCCGGAGUAAAGCUAGUUGCUAAUUUCUUGUGACAGAGGAUCAUAUUGAUCUGUCACCGUGGUUGUGCAGUUAGCAAAACCCAGGCUUUGAGAAAACCUAUAGAUCAAAUGCCCCAGGCUCCUCCACAGAUAAUCUCUGAGGGAAAGACAGAGUUGUGGGGAGCAUGUGGGGAUUGUACCAGGAUUUAAAAGAUACAUGGCAAUUUUAGAAAUUAGCGAGUCUAAACUAUGAUACCUAAGGAUGCACACCUGGGUGAUAAAAUUAUAAAGAAAUGGCCAGGUGCGGUGGCUCACACCUGUAAUCCCAGCACUUUGGGAGGCCGAGGUGGGUGGAUUACCUGAGGUCAGGAGUUCGAGACCAGCCUGACCAACAUGGAGAAACCUCGUCUCUACUAAAAAUACAAAAUUAGCCAGGCGUGGUGGCACAUGCCUGUAAUCCCAGCUACUCCGGAGGCUGAGGCAGGAGAAUUGCUUGAACCUGGGAGGCAGAGGUUGUGGGGAGCCGAGGCAACAAGAGUGAAACUCUGUCUCAAAAAAAAAAUUAUAAAGAAAUACACAGAGGUGAUUACUAUAAGUCAGAGCGUUACUUGUUCAGGGGGAAGGAGGGAGCUACGAUUGAGUCAGGGCGUGUGGUGGGGUUUCUGAGGUGGCCGGCACAGUUCUAUUUCUUUAUUUGGGUGGUGGUUAUAAGGGUAUUUGCCUUAUCAUAACUCCUCAAACUCUAGAGGAAGAAGUCUGCUGUGAAGAAAAGAUUGAGGCCGCAUGGUGGCUCACACCUGUAAUCCCAGCACUUUGGGAGGCCGAGGUGGGCAGAUUGCUCGAGCUCAGGAGUUUGAGACGAGGCUGGGCCAGAUGGCGAAACCUCGUCUCUACAAAAACACAAAAAUCAGCCAGGUGUAAUGGCGCAUGCUUAUAGUCCCAGCUAUUUCAGGGGUUGAGGGAGGAGAAUUGCUUGAGCCCAGGAGGUUGAGGCUACAGUGAGCCGUGUUUACACCACUGUACUCCAGCCUGGGUGACAGAGUUGAGACCCUGUCUUAAAAAAAAAAAAACAAAACUCUCCCCCGCCCAAAAAUAAAAAAGAAAAGAUGAAUAUGGAGGGAGCUGUAAAAUUAAAGAAGGUACAUGGGUGCAUGUGUGCUUGUGUGUGUGUGUGUCUGUCUAACAACAGCAGAAGCAGGCAAGGGCUACUGUGGUGGUCAUUCUUGUUCCUCUCCCCAUUUUGCUCCACAGUUUACAAGCCCUUCCACUUUCUCUCUGAGGCAGAAAGAGCAAGGGUUUUUCUCUCCAUUUUAUGGUUGGGAAAAUUGAGGCCCGCCUGAGUGUAUGACUUGUGGCAAGUCACUCUGGUCAUCUGGGGCAGAGGCUCCCCAGAGCCCAGGCCUCCUGCCUCCAGUCCCCAGCCCGCAGCCCAGGAUUAGGCAGAGCCAGCUGCUUUCCCGUGGCUGCCCUGACUCCUUACAGGGAUCACUGAGAUUCUGAUGAACAGACCUUCUGCCCGCAAUGCCUUGGGGAAUGUCUUUGUCAGUGAGCUGCUGGAAAGUCUGGCCCAGCUGCGGGAGGACUGGCAGGUGCGUGUCCUGCUCUUCAGAAGUGGAGUGAAGGGCGUGUUCUGUGCAGGUGCAGACCUGAAGGAGCGGGAACAGAUGAGUGAAGCAGAGGUGGGGGUGUUUGUCCAGCGACUCCGGGGCCUGAUGAAUGACAUCGCAGCCUUCCCUGCACCCACCAUUGCGGCUAUGGAUGGGUUUGCCUUGGGCGGAGGCCUGGAGCUUGCCCUGGCCUGUGACCUCCGAGUGGCAGCUUCCUCGGCUGUCAUGGGACUGAUUGAGACCACGCGAGGGCUCCUCCCGGGGGCAGGAGGGACUCAGAGGCUGCCCCGUUGUCUGGGGGUGGCCCUGGCGAAGGAGCUCAUCUUCACAGGCCGACGACUGAGUGGAACGGAGGCCCACGCACUGGGGCUGGUGAAUCACGCUGUGGCCCAGAAUGAGGAGGGGCACGCCGCCUACCAGCGGGCACGAGCACUGGCCCGGGAGAUCCUGCCCCAGGCCCCCAUUGCUGUGCGGCUGGGCAAAGUAGCCAUUGACCGAGGAAUGGAGGUGGACAUUGCAUCCGGGAUGGCCAUUGAAGGGAUGUGCUAUGCCCAGAACAUUCCAACCAGGGACCGGCUAGAGGGCAUGGCAGCCUUCAGGGAGAAGCGGCCCCCCAAAUUUGUUGGCAAAUGACCCCCAUUUUAACCUUCAGCAUGGGAGAUGCAUGCCCUGAAGAGCAGGAUCCAGAAGGAAGAUUUGUGGCCGGAUUGCCUUCAUCAUUUCACCUCUCCAGGCUUCCGUUUCUUCACAAGGAUGAUGAUGGAGAUAAAAUGACUGGCGUGAUGCCUGGAACCAAGGUGCUGAUCCUACCACCUACUGCUACCUUCCUUAGCUUCACCCUGACUAGAAAUAAAUAAUCACGAGGGUUGGGUUUGCUUUGGAAAAGGCCUGUCUCUCUACUUGAAUGAUAAAGAAUUAGAUUAGA